AUGGAGAGACUGAACAGUUCCAACCAUCCUCAGUUCCAUCUGAAGAGAAUCGGACCAGCUCCUAAUAGACCAAGGGUGGUUUCUGUCAUGGAUUUUUAUAAGGUAACAAGUAUCAUUGGACGGAAUGGUCUAGAGGUUGAUUUCUACAUUGAUUCGGACACCAGAGUGCAGUCACAGAUGAUUUCCCGAAGUCAUGCUCGAGUGGUUAUACAACCAAACAAUGACCACAAAUUGUUUGAUGAUAGUUUGAAUGGUGUCUUUGUGAACCAUAUUAAGAUAAGAGGGAAUGUUAUAUUAUCUGAGGGGGAUAGAGUGACCUUUGGCCAUCCUUUUGGGCGAGACAUUCCAUUUGGGACGUGGGAAAGACAGGUCAACAACCACCAUCAAUUUAUCAAUGAAAAGAAAUUGAGAUAG